AAGAGUCUCCUAAUAAUAUGGCCGCUAAUCUUUAAAUACGUUUCGUGCCGUACGACAGUUUUGUAGUUUUGCAAAUGUUAGCCUUGAUCGCGGAUGAAUUUUAUCGCAUGCCUCUGACUAAUGCUAUGCUAUGCAUAUAACUCUAUGGAAAAUUCAGAUCGCAUACGGUCAAUAUUUGGGCGAGUAUAAAUCGAAUAAAAGAAAUAAUGAGGUUUGCGCCCUUGGUAGCACCAGUGGGAGACGCCAGGGUUUUUUUUUUCGGUUUACAUGCUCAAACUCUUAAUGAACGGAUCGCGUGAUCUGCUUGGCGUGACAUCUACUCAAAUGUAAGACAUUCAAAUGCAGUCACGAAAUCAGACUGAUCACGCAACUACAUGCCUUGUAUGCCAUUGAUAUAUAUUUUAAAAGAAUUUAGUGAGGGAGAGGUGGAUGGUUUUAAAGUGUUCAUAUGAGUAUGAAUAUUGCAGUUUGAUUAAUAAUAAUGAUCCCGUAAGUCAAGGUGUCCUGAGAGCUCCAGAGAGUAUCUUUUCUCACACGCGGACGAUGAUAUGCGAGCGUUCGAUACCAGUCUUUUCUCGGAAUUCCUUCUGACGAACCACUGCCUCUUACGUCUGACCCAGUUGGCAACAUAAUUUGUUUGCAGCGUAAUGGCCGAGGUUAAAGAAAAAUUAGAGCACUUGGCUACACUUGAUUUUGAGAGCAAAGAGGCAUGGGAGCAGGAUUGGACAACUGACAACCCAGAAUUUCACAGCGAUGAGGUGAACGCCAUGUUGAUCAAACAAUAUGGUGAAUUCACGCGUGGACGAAAGAAUCUUAGAAUUCUGGUGCCGCUUUGCGGAAAAUCACUGGACAUGAACUGGUUAGCUGAUCAAGGACACGCUGUUGUAGGUGUGGAAUUGAUUGGAAAGGCAAUCGAAGCUUUCUUUCACGAGAACAAGCUAACACAUCACGUGAAAUCCAUUCGGCUCUCAUCCGAGAUUCAAGGGACAGUUUUCAAAGCGAAUGAAAAAGAUAUAACGCUUUUCGAGUGCAGUAUUUUCGAUGUCACAGCUGAGGUCGUUGGUGGCCAGUUCGAUUGCAUCUGGGAUCGUGGAUCUAUGACUGCAAUUAAAAUGAUGAAAGAAGGUCGACUCAAGCAGUACACGGAGAUCAUGCUUGACUGCCUCAAGCCAGAGGGUCGUUAUCUUCUCGAGGUUUUCGCGCCCGAAUCUCCCGAGGGCUUGCCAGAGUCAUUUAAAUUCGUUUCGGAGAAGGAUGUGCACGAGUUAUUUGGCGAAAGAUGCACAGUUCAGUACCUUGGUAAAGAGAAAAUGUCAGAUGAAUCACCAGGGUCAGAGGAACACAGACCCGAGAAGUCUGAAGACCGUGCGGGGGAUGGAGGCGAGGAUACAGAAGGAGUAGUCAUGGUUAUGAAUUAUUACCUCAUGGACUUCAAGUAAUUCAAUCAAUUAGAGUGCCUUAUGUAUAAGUAGCUAGAAAUGCAAGUGUAGCAAUGCUAAACUCAGCUUUUACUUCGAUGCGUUGCCUUAAGUCGGCAUAAAUGCCGAGGCGUAGGUUGGAAUAAUUACCAUGCAUACAACAAGAUUUGCAUUUCUGCCAUGCUGUGAAUAAUGUUACAACGUAAGACAUGUAAAUGUGUUUCCCACUUUCUUAUUUCAUGGGCUUGUCGCGUGACCGAACUGAUUGCCAACCGUUACAUGAAAGAUCUAUCCUUGUCCUAGAAGAGGGAGUGUAUAACAGCUCUUUAAUUCUUACCCUUAAUUAUUAGAUCGAAGUAGACCACACUUUCACUUUUGUUUGCUUUUCUUUCAAUGCCACGGUAGCCUCCAAUGAGACGCUCUUUGGGAUCGUCACGCAAUCUGGGUGACGAAACCCAAAGAGAGUUGUGGCACUAGCUUUCUCGGUUUGAUAUUUGCAUGAUAAAGAACUAAUAAAUAAGCUUUAUCACAUGUUGCAUCGCAGGUGUUUGACCUCACUGUAUGAACAUUUUUUUUGCCUACAACGCAGAAACUUGCCGGGAAUAAAAUUUUGUGUGGGAAUUUAGCCACUAGAAAUACGAAAAAUAAGACAAAAAUGGCUCGCCUUGUUUAUCAUUUUAGGCUUGUUUGUAAGAUUAUUCACGUCAUUUUACCGUGAUCAAAACGAGUUUUAGGCUCCAUGUUCUGUAAAGUGUUGACAUACCACGUCAACGAAACCUUUUUUUUUUUAGCUUCUGUAGUUCAUAAAUGAGACACGCUCGCACAGUAAACUUUGGGUACCUGACCUGAACUGUCCUAUAUAAACUGUAAGGAUAUAAAGAUGCUGCUGUUGUGAUCGCGUCUGCUUGAUUGCUAACCCACGCAGACAUUGGUCAUGAGCUCGUCACGCAAUCUUUCCUCGAGAGGAAAGAUUGUGUGACGAGCCAUUUGGACGUCGACGCCACUUGAUAGCAGGAAUUUCACGUUGUCAUUAUUAGGAGGUUGGGUAAUUUUCUGAGGCGUAAUAUGUUUUCUCAACUUUAGGUUGUGCCUGAUUAAUUAUUGGUGGGCAAUGGCUUGUGCAAUAAUAUUUUUGAAAAAGUUAAACGCAGGACGUGUAUCAGGUUGAAAGCUCUUCCUCGGGUGUUUUUUCCUCCGUGGCUCCCAUUGCACAAUUAUUUUUCAGCAGUGUUUGCUAUGCAGAAUCUUUUUUGGGGGGAAAUUGCCCAACCCCCCUCCCUCCCCCAUCAAAAAAAUUAUGGUCCGCCCCUUAUAAAACACGAGUGUUAAGCGACGAUUAGGCACUGCGCUACUUAGAAUGGAUUUAGAACGGCGAUUUUUUAAUUCACAGCUAGACUGCUAGCAGUUUUUCUUUUGCUCGAAAUUCCGUGGGGAAGAACGAAAAGAACGCAAAACAAGUGAGCGGUCGGGAGCGCGCGAGCGUGACACGCGAAGCCGCAAGCCGCGCUACUCGCGGCACGCGUGUCACGCUCGCAGUCACGCUCCCACGCUAUCCGUUAAAAUCUAUCCAGCUCCUCUAAAACAUCUUUGUUUUACGUUCACUAGUAAACUGUCUUACAAUCACACGUAAGAAUUCUUUAUCAACGAACCAUAUUUAUUUCAAAACAUUUCAAUGUACUAAACACACCUGAAGAGCAAGUUCCUUCAGCGAGAGGAUCAAUUUUCUUAUAUAUGGCAUCCUUUUACCUCAUCAGUCUGACACUGCUUUCAUAUAGCACCAGGCAUGCCGAUUAGCAUCAGACAACAGUCUCAGCCUUGCCCUCGGCUUCUUAAGAAAUGCAAUUUCUUGACAAAAUGUACUUUGGAAUAUACACUUCCACCCCAUCCCUUAGUUGAUGACCUUCUUUUUUUAUUAUCAUCUGUGUGUUGGACAUUGUACUGAUAUUUUGACGAGUAAUAAGAUGUUGAUCAUCGUGGGGAAUGUAAGUAACUUCUGUCAGGAGUAUUCAAUUUGAUAUGCUUCCUAAAAUUCCGCAUCGACUCUUAAGCAAUUAUAAACCGUGAAAAGGUCCACUGCAACCAGUUAAAAUGGCUGACAAAGCACAAAUGAUGAGACGUAACAGCAAAGUUUGCUCAGUGUCGGUUGUCAUGUAUCAGCUGAGAUAGAUAAUAUAGUUUUAUAAUCCAAGAAUAUUGCUUAGAAGCCAAUUAUUUUGGACAGCUUGUCAUUUCUGAAUCGUAAAUUAUAUGAAAAUCAAGCAUCGGGUUCAUAGUCUAGGAAAGUGUUCAUGGCCUGAUCUGUCGUGUUUCCUCGCAAAUCAGCACCUGCUCCAGUAUAAUCGUGUUGAUAACCCAACUUUAGAAUCUUGAAUUACUUCAGUUUCCCUGAAUCCUGUCACAUGAUUGUCACGUGACACGUUGGUGUCCAGUCAUGUGUUCUGACGUAACAGGUGGCGUGGCUA